AAAAAAAUCAAAGGGGGAAAAACUCGAGAGAGAGCGCAGCAACCCCCAGCGGCUGCAGCAAGUGAGUGCAAACCUCAGAAACCCAACAAAAAACCUUAUCACAAUUCACAUCCCAAACUUCACCACUCCCUUCUCUUCUUCAUCCUCUCUUCUUUUCUCCAUUAUCUCUAUACACUCCUAGUGAGUAGAUUUUCUCCAGUUUCUCUGGUUCAAUUUGUUGUUUAUUACAGCGAUUCCAUGGACCCGAAAGAAGCGACGGCGUACCCUGUCUCGGAAGCUUCCUCAGGUUUGAACUAUAAUAGUGGGAGUAAUGGUAAGGGUACCGUAUCCGAGGAUGAGGACUAUGCGAGCGGGAAUGAGGAGUUUGAGACGGGGUUGGAUAAUCCGGUUUUGGAUGAGGUGAAGGCCAUUGGGGAGGGGAAUUCUGAUGCCUCCGCAAAGCUUGAAUCGUUACCGGUUUCUGGGGUCACGGUGAAUGAUAAUGAUGAUGUUGGAAAAGGAAGUAAGGAUGUCGAGGGAGGUGAAAAUAUGGUGUGGGGAGAUUCUGAGGAUGGUUCAGCUGUAGCUGGCGGUGAGGAGGAUAAGGUUAGUGGGUUUGGGGGUUUUGAUGAGAAGGGUGAAAGUCCGGAUUUGACGGAUAAAUUGGGCGUGAAUUCCAAUGAGGUAGUGGUAGAAAAAAAUGGUGAGGUUGGGGAUGGCAAUGAGGGGAAGGUGGUGGCUGAGGAAGUUGAGAUUAAUGAAGGAGAGGCUGAGAAGGAAUGAAAUAGUGGAUCCUUGAGCAUUGGGGAUGAGGUGGAUGAAGCUAAAGUGAUAGAACAACCGGAGGCGGCUCUUGUUGAACAGGAAGUAUUGGAGGUUGG